UCUUAUCUUCAGUGUAUGUGUAUCCGAUCCAAUCAAAGCCUUUACCACGCUGCCCAUCACGAACACACGAACCCCAUAUUGUUUCUUACGUCGCGUUGUCCAUCCUGCAUCAAUUUUGCAUUUUGCGAAAUGUGCACGUAUCUUUAUCUUCCUGUAAAUUCUAAAGUUUAAAUGCGACAAAAGCCAUACUGUGUUCCUGCUCAUCGUUUAAUCAAGAACAGCGUCGUGACAGUAUCUAUGCCUUUGGCUCACGCCAUGUGCAUAAGAAUAGUAUUUUCAGAAAUUGGUGGUGGUGCUAGGGGCGAUAUUGCCAUAGUGCAUGAAAAGUGCCUGACGCCGAGAAGAAACGGGUGUGGUGGCCACCAUAUAAGCAGCAAGUACCGGAUAAGCAGUACGAUAAGGGAAGUGUUUCUGAGGACGAUCUUGUACUUUUUGAAGUUAGGAGGAUGUGAUAUUUGGCAGUUAGCCACAAUUAUUUGGGAACUAGACAAGAGAAGAAGGCAUUCAAAACUUCAUUUCUUAACAAGAUUGUAAUAAGGGCUGUUCUUUCUGGCACCAAUGCUACCAAAAAAGAAGUGUGAAGAAGAUGCCAUUAAAACUUGGUUAAAGCUUGCACCAAAAAGAUAUAAAACAAAAUAUUCAUAUAUCUUUUUUAUCCUCAGUAGUAGUUGUAGUAGUAGAAGGUAAUAUUGUGUUAACUAAAAACAACAUUCUACUUUGAUUUUCUACUCAACAUUCUUUUUUUUUGUUAGACAGUGUCACAAAGUGAAAGGAACUAUACGAAAGUUAUUAGUGAGCAUCAGUCAUUAGACAUGUUUGAAAGGAAGUUCAACAAAUAUUUAAUAAAAUAAAUACCUCUCAGGUUGUGGCUUCAUCUCAACAACAGUGUUGUAGAGUCAUGUAAUUCAAAUUUUGAGAAAUGUGAGACAUUUAGAGCAUGAUUUUGACAAUAGUAAUAAUAUUGAACAUAUUGAACAAGAUCUAUGCAACACCUAUAUGCGAGGUAGAUGUAGAUUCCUCACAUCUGUGCGGCUCUAAGGACCCAAGAAUACAUCAAUGUUUAAUCUGAUGCUCACAAAACGAUUGUUUCAUUCACUAAGAUCAAUUUAAUUAGAAAGCUAAUAUGCAAUGAAAUGUAUUAAAACAUAUCUGCAAAAGUUGUAUCUAUUUUCUUAUUUAUAUACAGUAAUGGACAAAAGUAUAUAGACAAAUUAAUAUUGUGCUGUAUUUUUUUUUAACUUGUUUUAUUAAUACACCAACCUGUAUACAUAAUUCGUUAUAGCAUAAUACUCACUUAUACAUAAAUAAAUUCAUUAGACUAACUUCAAUAAAAAAUUAAUUGAAAAAACUGGAACUAUGAAGGACAAAUGUAUAUAGGCAAAGCAAAACAAUUAUAGAAAAAAGAAGCAAAUUGAAUUAUAGGAAACCAACCAUGUUUGUGUUAAUAUUUUGUAGCAUAACCAUUAUUAUCAAUCACCGCCUGGCAUCGAUUGUAGAAGUUUUUUGUUAUACGAUUCAUCAAUCUGUUUCCACUGUUGCUCUAAAGCGGCACAAAGUUCCUCAUUGUUUGAAUAAUUUUUAUCUCGUAUUUGCUUAUCUAAGUAUUCUCAUAGAUUUUCAAUGGGGUUUAUAUCGGGAGACUGUGAAGGCCAUUUGAGAACUGGUAUUUUUUCAUCCAGAAAGAAUUUCUUUGCGAGACUUGAAGUGUGCUCCGGGUCAUUAUCUUGCUGGAAGAUUGAUCUUAAGGGCAUAUUGUCUUCCAUAUAGUGUAACAUGACAUGCUUUAGUAUGUCUGUGUAUACAAACUUAUCUAUAAUGCCAUCUAUUCUAUGUAAAGGUCCCAUCCGAAACCCCGAAAAGCACCCCCAAACCAUAACAGACCCGCCUCCAUGUUUGACAGUGGGCAAAGUGUACUUGGGGUUCAAUCUUUGUCCACCAGGACUUCUAACGUAAUGAACACCAUCUGAUCCAAACAUAUUGAACUUGGGUUCGUCACUGAAACAUACCCUCUUCCACUCACAGAUGCUCCAAUCAAGAUGCAACCGUGCAAAUUGUAAUCGGUCCUUACGGUUUUUCCUCGAGAUUAGCGACUUCUUACUCGGGCGACUUGCAAAUAACUUCAAAUCAUUUAAUCUUCUAUAGUUUUCGUAGAAACACUGACAAUUCCAUUUGUAUCGAUUUCGGCUUUUGUCUUGGGGUUUUAAACGGAUCUUUGGACAAAAUUACUUUUAUUAAUCUAAAUGAUUUAGCAUUCUAUUUCUAGGCCCCACUUCUCUUAGAGGCUUUCAAGAUACCUUUUUGUUUAUAUUUGUUCAAUAUUGCCCAAACGUUGACCAUCUUUGUAUAACUCAAUGAUCUUAGUUUUCACAUCGCAAGAAAUUUCUGGACCACGCGGCAUGGUCUUAAAAUCACUCAUAUUAUUCCACAGUACUUGAUGAACACAAACUAAUCCUCUUCUGACACGAAACUGUACUAAACUAAUGUUGAAAAGAAGUUGUCUACAUAUUUUUGUCCCUCAUAAAAAGUGCUUUAUAUUCAAACUUGUAUUGUGUUCAUUGCAGAUAAUGUAAAAACAAGGAAUUUAGUUUAUCUACUAAUAACGCAUUUGUUUAUGGAGCAAUGAAGUAUGAAUUCGUUUUCUAAAGGUAUUUAGGUAAAUAUUCAAAUUUGUCUAUAUACUUUUGUCUAUUACUGUAUGUAUAUAAGUUAAUAUAUAAUCUUAUCAGUAUUCAUUUAUUUUUAAAUCUCACAUAAAAUGUAUGAGCAGAUAUGGUGGUUUGUAUUUAAAGCAAUCAGUGAAACGUUGUUAACAAGACAUAUUUAGAACUAAAAUGCUUACAACUUUGAAAAAAAUUGGACAACUCAGGUUUUUAAGAAGUUAUUAUGACUAUUCAAGUAGUUAUUUCAAAUAAAAUUACUAUAUUCUUAAUCCUUCAUUUUUUGUGCCCUUACAAUCCGAACCACAUAAUUUAAAUACUGUAUAUGGUAAACAUUUCUUCCACCACAGUACAAUAACAUUUGAAGAGUUGAGUGGAUGAAGGUGGGUAGUAAUAUUUGGGUUAAAAUGAGUUCAGUAUGUUUGGUGAAGGCUACAAGUGAUAUUCUGUCUUUAAAACUGGUUGUUAACAAUAACAGUAUGAGCAACUUGUUUUCCGGACAUAGUACUACUUCUAGGUUUCGCCAAAUAUAUUGAACUCAUUUUUGAUCCAAAUGUUAUUUACCAGUUAAUCAUUACGUGAAAUCGUCGUCAGAUCGUGACGUCGAUU